GGCCCAAAAGGGGCGGGGAUGGCGCUGAAGGCUGCCUCCGGCGGGCUCGGUUGCGUGGCGGGACUCAUUCGGGCCCGGGCUGAGGAGGCGGCGGCGGGAGAAGGAAGAUGGCGCUGACUCAGGGGACCAAGCGGAAAGUCUGCUACUAUUAUGACGGGGACAUUGGAAACUACUAUUAUGGCCAAGGCCACCCCAUGAAGCCUCACAGGAUCAGGAUGACACACAACCUCCUCCUCAACUACGGCCUUUACAGGAAAAUGGAGAUCUAUAGGCCCUACAAAGCCAGUGCUGAAGAAAUGACCAAAUACCACAGUGACGACUACAUCAAAUUCCUGCGCUCAAUUCGCCCAGACAAUAUGUCUGAGUACAGCAAGCAGAUGCAGCGAUUCAACGUCGGAGAGGAUUGCCCUGUCUUUGAUGGCUUGUUUGAGUUUUGUCAGCUUUCUACAGGAGGCUCGGUUGCCAGUGCAGUGAAACUGAACAAGCAGCAGACGGACAUCGCAGUCAAUUGGGCAGGAGGCUUGCAUCACGCCAAGAAAUCUGAGGCCUCAGGCUUCUGCUACGUCAACGACAUUGUUUUGGCCAUUUUGGAGUUGCUCAAGUACCACCAGAGAGUGCUGUAUGUGGACAUCGACAUCCACCACGGCGACGGUGUGGAGGAGGCGUUCUACACCACAGACCGCGUGAUGACGGCGUCCUUCCAUAAAUAUGGCGAAUACUUUCCUGGAACAGGAGACCUGCGGGACAUUGGUGCAGGCAAAGGGAAGUACUACGCCGUCAAUUAUCCUCUCAGGGAUGGAAUCGAUGACGAAUCUUAUGAAGCCAUUUUCAAGCCGGUGAUGUCCAAAGUCAUGGAGACGUUCCAGCCGAGCGCUGUGGCCUUGCAGUGUGGCUCCGACUCCUUGUCGGGGGACAGAUUAGGCUGCUUCAAUCUUACUAUUAAAGGUCACGCCAAGUGUGUGGAGUUCAUAAAAAGCUUUAACUUGCCAAUGCUAAUGCUUGGAGGAGGCGGCUACACCAUCCGCAACGUGGCCCGGUGCUGGACGUACGAGACUGCCGUGGCCCUGAACACGGAGAUCCCAAAUGAGCUUCCUUACAACGAUUACUUCGAAUACUUUGGCCCGGACUUCAAGCUCCACAUCAGCCCUUCCAACAUGACGAACCAAAACACCAACGAGUACCUGGAGAAGAUUAAGCAGCGUCUCUUUGAGAACCUGCGGAUGCUUCCUCACGCUCCGGGGGUCCAGAUGCAGCCCAUUCCAGAAGACGCUGUGCCAGAAGAUAGUGCGGAUGAAGACGAGGAAGAUCCCGACAAGCGGAUUUCCAUCCGCUCCUCGGAUAAGAGGAUCGCGUGCGAUGAGGAAUUCUCAGAUUCCGAGGACGAAGGCGAAGGCGGGCGCAAGAAUGUGGCCAACUUCAAGAAGGCCAAGCGCGCAAAGACUGAGGAGGAGGAGAAAGAGGAAGAGAAGAAAGAAGUCAAGGAAGAAGAUAAAGCGAAAGAAGAAACGGUGGAGCCCAAAGGCAGCAGCAUCAAGGAGGAGACAAAGUCGACCUAAAAGGCCACCCUUCGGCCACCCAACCCUCCCCGACCCCCGACUUCGCUCUCUCCGCUUCCCCUCCUCACGUCCUGAGAUUUCUAUUUUGUACUUUUCUGUAAAUAUUUCUAUAUAAAUAUAUUGGAGGCAGUGGGACCAGGCGGGAUCCCUCUGGGGCGGUUUGGGGGGCAUGUCCCUCCCGCGGCCAUUGCUUUUUUUUUUAAAAAAAGAAAAAAUUAUUUUAAACCAUCUCCUUUUUCCCUUCCUCUUCUUUUCGAAGGACUCCCGUCCCCUCAGGACACUCUAUGGGCUUUUGCCUUCUUUUUCCUUAGUCUUUUCUGAGGUAUGGAUACAGCCAUAAAACUUUGGGAGAAAUAUGUGGGUUUUGUUUUGGGGUGAGGGGAAUAGAAUUGGAACUUGUGCACAUGUGAGAGGAUUCACUUUGUUCACCAUUGUGGCUUGUCGGCCUCUCAAAAUGCAUCCGACCAAUUUCAACGUUUUCGGAUCCGCACUAUACACUUACACCACUUUGGCGCCACUUCCCAACUCACACAGAAAUCCUAGGAUUUGGAUUAAUGUGAGAGGUGCAGAUUUGUCAGAGAGUGCUAGUAUCAACAUUACAAACCCCUGGAUCUUAUAGGCAGUUAAAGUGGGAUGAAAGUGCUACAGCUGUGCAGUGCGAACGAGAUGGGAGUGCUUAUCAAUGUGAAUCUAACGCGCAAUGUCCACAAUUGCAUCCAUUUAAAUCAGUGAUUCUCAAACUGAGGUUUUGGAUUUCAGUUCCCAUUGGACAAAGCAAUGGAGGCUUCUGGGAAUUGAAGUCUAAAAGGCUAGAGAUCUAUAGUUUGGGAAACGAUUCCCAGUCUGGACUUCAACUCCCAGAAGCCUCAGAUGCUUUAGCAAGUGACCCGCGGGACAUUAUUGGGGUGGGAAAACCAGUAUAGCCAUGUCUUUUUUGGGAGGGGGGAAUGGUGGGUUUUGUGGGUGAAAAGGCCUUUUAUUUUUGUAAUUCUCUCCGUCUUUGCCGUUUUCUAUUCUCUCGGAUGCAAGUUCCAGGCGGCUCUUCUUUGCUCCCUUUGAUACUCGUCUUGGUGAAGGAUCACUGCAUUUGUGUGUGGGUUUUGGGUGGGUGGGAGAUAUAUAUAUUGUGGGGUUUGUUUUUUGUUUUUUUUAAAAUGCAACAAAAAAGAUGGACUUUUAUUUUCGUUGGGGUUUUUUUUGGAAAGGAAAAGCUUUGUAAUAAAAUGGGUCUGUUUCUUGGUUU